GCCCGUGUCCCAUAGGAAUGCCGGAGUACAGCCCACCGGAGUGGAUCCUCUUUGGCUGCUACCAUGGCCAGCCAGCCACCAUCUGGUCCCUGGGCAUCCUGCUCUAUCACCUGGUCUGCGGGCACCUUCCUUUCCACACAAACGAGGACAUCGUCCGGGGCCAGCUCUUCUUCCCGCCCCGGGUGUCUCAAGAGUGCCAGCACCUCAUCAGGUGGUGUUUAUCCAUGGACCCCGCAGACAGGCCAUCACUGGAAGACCUUUUUGAGCAUUCUUGGCUGCAGGAGCCCUGCCUGGCCCAGGAGACAGCAGAGAUCCAUCCCUGUGCUCAGUAGGAUCCAGGAGCCCAGCAAGUACCAGCUGCAUGUGUCUGGUGGCACUCCAAGAAAACCCCAGAGCGUUUCCCUGCGGCCGCAGCACGGAGGAGAGAGCGCAGCCGAGGAGAUGCUUCCGCUGGUCCCCGGCGAGUUGUGGAGGGAGCGGCUCAGUGCUCCCCGUGCCACUGGAGAAGUGGUGGCAGUGCGGUGAAGGUGCCACGGACUGGAACAGGGGAAACAUCCCCCUGCAGCUCAAUGGCAUCGGGAUGUCCCCGCAAGCCGAGGCACAGCUGGCGUGUUCUUCUGGAGCACCACGUGGAGCUGGGAACACCAUCCUGGAGCUGGCCGCUGGCUGUAGAGAGCUUGGCAGAAGAAUGGUUAAACAGCAAGGGACAUGAAACUGUAAAAUUGGUCAAAGUAUGAGGGGCUACGUGACUGCUGCAACGGUCAG